GAUCUCACUUCCUUAACGAAAAAGUGCUGAAAGCAGCUUAGCUAACUCUCUGUUGCUGGGCGGAGCAUAUCAAAAUCCUUUCUGUAAGUUACAGAGCAUGACUUUAGCAACACAGGCUACUGCAGGUACUGUAAGGUAAACAAAUGUAUACGUUAAUGGACCCAGAAAUGUGGGACAUGUUUGUCAGCAGAGAUGUCUGUCAGUGGCAGAAGUUUUAUCUUUCAUUUCUCAUAAUACUGGCUGUUGCUUUUCCUACUGAAUUGCACUUACUUCAACAUCAUAUUCACUGUAUUAACUCUAAUACCAGCAGCAAACAUUUGUUAUGGAAAAUAGCAUACGACUCCAUGAGUAUAGCACAUAUGACCAGUGAGAACAGAUAUAUUACUGCAGAUUCUCCUUAUGUUCGUGAAGAGAUUGAGUCAUACAAUCAAAGGAAAGAUCUGAUUAAAAGAUACAACAACAUCAUGCAUGAUGUUUGGCCUUUCCUGGACUUAAUUGCAAGUCUGGGAAAUUCAACACUGGAUAGGAAAGUGACUCCAUCAGUGACAACUGGCGUGGACCCAGUGGGUGAUGGAAUUCUUAGUCUUGCUUGCUAUAUACAUGGCUUUUUCCCCAGAAAUAUUGAAGUUUUUUGGUUAGAAAAUGGAGAAAGCAUCACAGAAAAGAUGACAACAACCACUAUCUUACCAAACAGUGACAAUACAUUUUCAGUGAUUGCAUAUGUGGACACUGAAGAGAAUAAUAAGAAUAAAUACACAUGUAUGGUGAAACACUCUAGUCUGACAAAUGGUGUCAAUGUAACUAUAGAUUUUAACCAAGGAUUUAAGACUGGAUACUAUGUUGGUGGAGUUCUGGCAUUUGUUGGAAUUAUUACUGGGAUUACCGGCAUCAUUUUAAGAUGCAAACCAAAAGCUCUACGUUCAUGUAUAGAGGGGAGAACUUCAGGUCACGCUGAAAUGGUGCAUGGAAGAGAGACCCGAAAUGAGGAACUGAAACAACUAGAUGAAUCUCCAGAAGUUCUGAACGAAAACAUGUUUGACCCUCUGAAUCCUGAAUCAGCCUAUUUAACUAUCGAGGAUGUCCCAACCAUUGGAGUGACCUCCUCUGUAUCUUUGGGUCAGUCAGCUAGCACAACAGUAGAAUGAAGGAAAAUGUGAAAAUGAAGAAAGAAAUGUAAUGUGAAGAUGAAGACAAAUACUAUAAAAAAGAGAAAGUCUGUGCAAAGAAAAGCAAACGCAUUAAAACAGAUACUAAAACAGAUGAAUUUAUAUUAUGAAAUUGUUGAAAUAUAGUGCUGUUUUCUUUAUCUUUAUAUCCAAAAUGUUUGAUAUAUGUAUUUACUUCGACUUUAGACUAUUUUGUGAAGAGCAGUUUUCUACAGUAGAACAACUAAUUGAAAUUGCUCCCUUAUAAAUUUUUAUAACUCAGGAUUUUAGGAGGCGGCUGUGACCUUUGUGCCCUCAUGUGGGGAGCUUAGCUUCCCAUAUCCAACUUCCUUAAAUAUUCUAACUUCAGAAUUGUACCACCUUUUAGAUAGGGAACAGUUCUGACAAGUUGUCCAAAUGAAUGAAAUAGUUUUCAGUAGAAUUGGCUGCUGUCUUUAUUUCAAAUAUGUUUGGAAGCAGAUGUUGAAAAAGAAGAAUUACAGUAAUCCUGAAGUAAGUAUUCUUUGUUCAUUCAAUGAAUUACAAGAUUAUUUCCAGUUCAGUGAUUCACAGGACUGUACGUGUUUGAAGAUAAGGUAACUGCUGUUAAAUGAAAUAUUAACGCAUGAGAAAAAAGUAGAGAAAGCUAUGCCAUGGGAAUUGCAGCUAGCUACAUUCAGAAUGGCACAAAUUACAAUUACAUUGUUAAUAAUACUUUAGGCAGACUUUCAACAGAUCACAUUAUGCAUGAAAUAAAUUUCUAUUUUUUUUGAAAAGAUUGAACACAGGUACAAGAAGCACUGUGAUCAUAAAAAAUGAGACUAGCAUGAUUAAAGUAUUUUUAUUUUAACCCUGAUAUCAAGUUCACCAAUGAUCUAAGUGAUGCCUAAAACUAGUAAACAUGCCAGGCAUACAGAUCAGAUACAGGUCAUAAGUCAUAACUUAUGGUAAUGUUUAACUGUAUGAUGUUAACAUAUAUAUCAGGAGUACGCAAUCAUUUUUGUUAGAAUGUAUCAAAUUAAAAUUGCAUUUUUAGUAAAAACUAUUGUGAGGAACUUCCUCCAGAUUACCUGAUUACCAGACAAUGUUCAGAGAAUUUUAAUUUUUGUGGCUAAUCUCAUAAUGAAAACUUUUCUAUAGCAAAGUUGAAAAAAAUAAUCACUAAUAAAAUGUUAGCAAAUAAUAUGUUUAUAAUGUCAUCCAAUAAAUGAAUUGCUCAUGGUUUCCUAGAAAAGUGGUUUUAUGAAAUUUGGCUUCCUUUCUAAGACUACAACAAGCCAUGUACGCUUCACUGGAGGUAUGAGUAAUACAGUACAUCCUAUAUAUUAACUUAUACUAUAGUAACAGUGCUUGGAAUCCAUGCACCCCUUUCUGCUGACAUAACCCCCCUCACUCCAUGUUUAUAUGAAGUAUAAGGGAUAUGAUGAAUAUCCUGACCUGAAGUGAUCUCCUUGCCACAUCCUGUACACACAUCUGCGGUGAUCUACAUGAUCUGCAGACUGUUAGUGUAUGUAUCAGAUGGAGAUAUCUAGUACAUAUAUCUGAAUACUGCUGCAAUUAGAGUUCCCUCCCUACCUCAUUCAUACUCCAGCAAUAGUCACUUUCACCCCACCUGAGCUUCCCAUUCCAUAUGCCACUGUACUAUGUUGGACAACUAAUUCUGCUUACCCAGUUUUAGUGAGGUGUAUAAUGACUAUGUUUGAGAGUCACAUCUGUUUACCAUUUUGUUACGUGUUUGACGUAAUAUAGCAUGAAUACUCACUGCAACUCUAGCUUUGUUUUUGCGCUUUCUACUUCAUCCUGUAAUCUAUCCCAUCACUCCCUGCUAUGUUGACUCUCCCAGUGCUCUUUGGUGCAAGUCAUAAACAUGACCAUAUAAAAUAUUAAUAAUAAAACAGAUGCAUAUAAAUUA